AUGGAAGAGGUCUGCUUGAAUGUGUCCCUUCCUGGCACCCUUAGCCUGACUGUAGCAUCGGACAUGGAACAGAAAGAUAGCACUCCUAUGGAUGCCAAGUCUGCUGAGGACAGAGUUGCUGCUGACGAUCCAACAGGAGAGAUAAAAGAAUCAGUACAGACACAAUGUAAGGGAAGUGUCUCUUGGAAAGACCAGCCCACGGACUUGGAAAGCAUGGCGGAGAACCUGAGCCACAGUCAGAGAGAGGCUGAGGAGAGGAAUCCAGAGCAACCUCCGGUAAGUCCUGAAGUGUCUCUUGCUGCCUGCCGCCCUGGAGAGGGUUGGCUGCCUGCUACAGCCCCACAGGAAGAGGAGGAAGUGGUGCUUGCUCCCCUUGCAGUGACGGAAGGGAGCUAUAGCAUCAAAGUUGAGCAAGAGCUUCCUUCUGUGGAAAAUGUCAUAGAGAUGGAAAAUGAUUGCCUGUUGGAAACCAGAGGCUGGGCCCUCAGCAGAGGAGACACGGGGACCAUAGCACAAGCCUGCUGCAUCCAGACAGAGGACGACAGUGUUGACGAACAGGAAUGCCCCAUUUGCACAGAACUGUACGACCAAGACAAACGCAGGCCAGCCUUGCUGAACUGCAGCCAUGUGCUCUGUGGCCAGUGCCUGCGCUCCAUCAUGGAGGCAUCCAGCGCUGCUGACAUUGGACGCGUGCGCUGCCCCAUCUGCCGCCAAAAGACCCCCAUGAUGGAGUGGGAGAUCUGUAAGCUGCAAGAGGAGCUGCUAUUGAUGAGUGCAGAGCAGGGCCCAGCCGUGGCACCUCCAACUUUCACUGCCCUCCCAGCCCGGCGUCCAGGGGUCUGGGGAGGCUUGGAGCACCACUUCCAGGUCCGCUUCCAUACCACCCGCAUGGUCGGCUUCCUGCCCUGCCUCCGCUACCCUCCUUCCUUUAUCAGACGUCUAGCCCACCUGGAGCGCCGUUGCCGUUGGUGUUACCGCUUAGCAUUGGUGGGACUGCUCAUCUCCGAGAUGCUGAGCCUCUUACUCGUCUUCCUGCCCAUUGUUUUGCUGCUGUUGCUCUUCCUUAUUCUGGACAAAUAGAGUUUAAACUAGACUCUUAGCUGAG